ACAACCUCUGCCACACACAUCAAUAAAUCUAUCACUUCAACAAGAUAAGGUAACUAUUUAAAAUUUGUACAUUCAAAAUCUCUACACAUUUCAAAAUUGCCACUAUCGAGCUGUAAUCUUCUUUGUAUCGUUCCAAUUAAGUACGUACUUAAUCAUAUGGCUAUGUUAGUCCCAAAAGUUAUGUUGAAUUCUGGUCAUGAAAUGCCUCUAAUAGGCAUGGGAACAGCACCAACGGCACCAACAUUACCACCAAUUGACCAAUUAGUCCCCAUUUUUAUCGAUGCUAUCGAAGCCGGUUAUCGACACUUUGACAUCGCCGCGACCUAUGGCUCCGAGGAAGCGCUAGGUCGAGCCGUGGCUGAAGCGAUACAACGCGGACUCAUAGCGAGCCGUCAAGAUGUUUUUAUUACAUCCAAGUUAUGGUGCACCGAAACACAUCAUGACCUUGUUCUUCCUGCCCUCAAAAGAUCUCUUGCGAGGUUAGGAAUGGAUUACUUGGACUUAUACCAUAUACAUUUUCCAGCGAGGAUGAAGAAUGGUAAUGACCAAGAAAUAAAGGUGGUAAAUGAGGAUGUAAUUCCAUUUGAUAUAAGAGGAACAUGGGAAGCCAUGGAAGAAUGUUACAAAUUAGGUUUGGCCAAAUCCAUUGGUGUAUGCAACUUUAGUUGCACAAAACUCUCUCAACUCCUAACUCAUGCUACCAUUCCUCCAGCUGUAAAUCAGGUGGAAAUGCAUGUAGCAUGGAGACAAGAGAAGAUGUUAGCAUUUUGUAAAGAGAAAGGAAUACAUGUAAGUGCAUGGUCUCCUCUUGGAGCAAAUGGGAUACCUUUUUGGGGCAAUCAUGCUGUUAUGCAAAACUCUGUUCUAAAAGACAUUGCCUUUCAUAGACAAAAGAGCAUUCCACAGGUGGCAUUGAGAUGGGUAUAUGAGCAAGGAGUUAGUGUAUUGGUGAAGAGUUUUAACAAAGAUAGAAUGAGAGAGAAUCUUCAUUUGGAUUGGGAAUUAAGCAAUGAAGAAAAUGAUAAGAUUCAAGAGAUUCCUCAAUGCAGGGGAUUCAAAGGUGAAGUUUUUGUUCAUCCAGAUGGACCAUACAAAUCCCCAGAUGAAUUCUGGGAUGGUGAACUAUAAAUGACACUGCUAAACAUUCUGUUUUGAAUAUUUUUUGGUUGUUCA